AAACGACUAAAAUAACCUACCAGUAGCGCUUUAACGUUAGGCCUUUCAGCGUGCGUGCUUGGCUUCCGACUUUUGCAUUUUAAAACGCCGCGCGCGCGUGCUAUGAAGAUUCGCGUAGCGUCUUAAAUUUGGGGUGGUGUGGCCAUAGAAUCGGUUGCGAUAAUGUGCAAGUGGACGCUGUGUCUCGCAUUACUAAUCGGAUUAUUUCUCGAAGCACUCGGAACCGUAAUAAUAAGCGAACUAACGGGAGGCGACACCGCGCAAAUCGGCUCGAACAACACGCUGAUCUGCAGCUUCGUGCUGAAGGACGAGACCGGAGUGGAGGUGAAAUGGUUUUACAACGACAACAAGCAGAUCGUCUCGUGGAUACCGACGAGGACGAGGCCGCAGGCGAUCGGCGCCUUCAAGUCGAUAUUGGACUUCGCCGACGUCGCCGAGAACGAGACGACGCGGAGCGUCGUCCGGUUUAGGGAUCUCAACUUUAACUUAACGGGACGAUACACGUGUAAGGUCAGCGGAGAUGUGGAUGAGAAGUCCGAAACGCUCAACAUGAUUGUGUACCAGCCGGCGAGUUCCGUCGAAUUCGUCGAAGACGACGGUAACGUAACGUGCUCGGCGUACGACGUUUACCCGGAGCCAACGAUCUCGAUAACGAUCUCGUAUACUACCGGAAGAGAUGAUCCAGUACCAACCCUGGAAAUCCUGGGCACCGAAGAAAAAACAGACGACAACUUUUACAACGUCACCAAGACGUUGGUCUUGGACAAGUCGCUGCUAAAUCAAACGGUCCAUUUCACGUGCAACGUGUUCAUACCAGGAACGGUGUUCAAUGAAACGCUCACAGUGACGAUCGAAGUCGAAAGAUACGAAUCGACUACCGAUUAUCCUGACACAACUACUGACCCAACAACUUUUGCCCCCGUCACAACUUCUACCACGAUUAAAACAUCUACGCUUAAACCUACUACCGGACAAGGUGACUCGGGAGUCGAAGCAGGCACGUCACCCGUCCACCUUCUAUUCUACCUUGCCGUACUGUUGGGGUUGCAGUUGUGAGAAUGUGAUAAAUGUGUAUAGUGUGUAAAGAAGAAACUUUGUAAAUAUGUAUUUAUGUACGGUGUCCAAAUGGGUCACUUUUGUUAUUUAUUUUUCAUAACAUAUACUAGUCGCCUGUACCAAAACUGAAAGUGUAACAUAUUGCAUGUACAGUUCAGAAAUACACCUUAUUUAAA